AUAUUUGUUGUGACUUGCACUUUGUAGGCUACACAUAUAAGUGUUUUUAGUCUCGCCUAGUUUGAAUAACACAAUAAAUUUAAAUUUAAUUCGGAGUACUUUAGUUCCGUUUUACGCUGAAUCGAGUGCAGUUGGCAAAUUCAAAAUGAAUCGAAUUAUAAAAACUGUUGUUUUGAUAUUCUUAGUACAAAAACUUUCUACUGCUGAAGCUUUUAUGGACGAGACUUGUGAAGUGAACCGAGAAAUGGAACAACAGUGUCGCAGUUAUACUUACUCCGUUGUUAAGCCUAUGCUAGACUACUUGCGCCAAGUGAGCGAAGAGCUACAAGAAAGCAAAUCAAAAGAUGAAAUCAUAAAAGACUUAAGAGAAAAGUUAGUUCAGCAGGAAAUGAAUGAGGCAUUGAUAAAAGAAUUGGGAUCUCAAAUCGAUUUCCAAAAGAGAAUAGAUAACCUGACUGAGGGCAAUAAGAAAUGCAAGGCCGAAUUAGCGAGUAAAUCUCCGGAGUUAGAUAGAUUAAAUGUUGAAAUGAGAAAACUAAGUUCUACCCUUAUUGAAAAGAAUAAAGAAACAAUAAAAUUGCAGGAACGUCUUAUUAAAUGGAAGAUACGAUCAUCCUUCAAAAUGCGUCCAGGAACUUCAAAGACUUACUGUGAUGAUACGCCCAUUUAA